AUGAAGCUCAUUAGUGCUAGCUUUGCAUUCCUGUUCGGCGCAGCUCCGACCCUAGCGGCCGUUGGCGGCCGUUGUUCAAACAACUGGGGCGAUGACUGCAUUUGCCUCGACUCUAACGUGUGUCGCGAUAGAUGGGGCGGUAAACCUUACACCGGAACUCCUGGUAAUUGGCCUUGCCCUUCGGACCCUAAAAACAUCAUGGCGUGUGUCGUCCCGGACUGCCCGGGCCACGGCUCCAACACUCAGUGCCUGUGGAGAGAAGGUUGCCGGUCCUUGAACGGCGGUAAGUCGUUUAAUUUUGGUAACUCUAGAUAUAAUGCGGUCCCUGAUGUGCAUGCAGAUAAAGUUUGCCCAGGUGGACGCGACUUUGUCUGCUGCAACCAUAACUACCUCGGAGGCUAA